UAUAAAUGGUAUCCAUUCUCACCGAUAAAAUAUCAGCAGUUGACGGGCAUCCGCGACGGGGAAAAGAGCAGAACAGCAAUGGGCGUGACGAAGCAAAUCCUCACGGCCGGUGUCGGCCCCAAGCCCGUCAAGGGCCAAACCGUCACCGUUCACUGCACCGGCUUCGGAAAGGAUGGUGAUCUCUCAAAAAAGUUUUGGAGCACAAAAGAUCCUGGGCAGAAGCCGUUCACUUUUAAAAUUGGUCUGGGUUCAGUUAUAAAAGGAUGGGAUGAGGGUGUGAUGGACAUGCAAAUUGGUGAAGUUGCUCGCCUUCAGUGCUCCCCAGAUUAUGCUUAUGGAGCUAAUGGAUUUCCAGCAUGGGGUAUUCAACCCAACUCGGUCCUAGUUUUUGAGAUUGAAGUCCUCAGUGUGCAGUAACUGUACAAACUCGAGGAGCCUGUAGGUCACCAAGUUUGUGGUCAUGGAAAAAACUCUAGUUGUCUGCAGGAAGUAAUAUGAUAUCAUAAUGGUUUAAUGGAUCAAUAUACUAUCUUAGCAAACUGUUUGAGAAGGAUGCAUUUGGUGACACUGUGGGCCUAAUCUAUUAUGAAACUAGUAUAAUAAGAGAUCUGUCAUGUGAUCAAUUUAUUGCUUCGGUGAUCUCAUAAAGUAACUGGCUUGUUUAA